GUAAGAAAAUAAGUUUGUAAACUAGCUAACUAAACGUUAGCUACAGCCACAGUAAGUAAUAAAGUGGAAAUUUGAGUUCGCUUGCUAAAUGAGUUGCUAUCUGAGCAACACUGAAACGCUGAAAAUGAUAUGGCGUUAGUACUAUCUUUUGAGGUACUGCUACCAUUUUACAUUAUUUUAGCAGUUGGAAAAGGCUGUGGCCCUGCAGAAUACCAAGCUCAUGAUGGGGAAUGCUGUCCGGUGUGUGGAAAAGGUUUAGUAGUCCACAAAGACUGCACAUUGGAUUCCAGGACAACAUGCAUUCCAUGUGUAGGAGGGACAUAUAUGAAUGAGCCCAAUGGGCUAAACAAAUGCUUCCAGUGUAAGACUUGUGAUUCAGGGCAGGGACUCAGGGUGCUCAAGGAGUGCAGCACCACCAGCAACACUUUCUGUGACGUCAUGGAUGGAUUUUAUUGUCAAAAUUAUACAGCCAAAGAGUGUAGUUCUGCAGUAAAACAUUCUACUUGUUCUCCUGGUCAACAAACUAAAGUGCCAGGAACAAAGAGCAGAGACACAGUUUGUGAAGCCUGUGCAGAAGGCCACUACUCAGAAGAUGGUAAAAACUGCACGCCGUGGACAGACUGUGAAGUAACUGGUGGAAGGAAGAUUGAAGAUGGUAGCCUAACCAAAGAUGUUGUUUGCCAACAGCCAACAGCACGGAAUAGACUGCUUCUUUUAGUUCCAUUUUUAUUAUUAGCAAUAGCUGUUCCUAUCCAAGAAUUCCAGUCCUACUGA